CAAAUUAGGCUAAAGCUGUGCCGUACAAUGCUGACACGUGGAAGAUUAACCUCCAUACUAAUUCCUAUCCUAUACAAAUCAUUUCCUCAAGCUUCCAAUUUAAAUCCUCAUUAGUAAAGUGAGAUCAACCAAGCACAAGAAUCCCAAAAAAAGAAUCUUGAAACUCAAGAGUAAAAAAAAUGGCAAGUAUCUCAGUCACCAUGAUUAGUACCUCCUUCAUGCCAAGAAAACCAAUUAUGACAAGCUUCAAAGCCAUUCCAAAUCUUGGGCUUAAAUCUGCAAAGGGUGGCAAAAUCACUUGUAUGGCUACAUACAAAGUGAAACUUGUUACACCUUCAGGAGCAGUAGAAUUUGAUUGUCCAGAUGAUGUGUACAUUCUUGAUCGAGCUGAGGAAGUAGGACAUGACCUUCCUUAUUCAUGCAGAGCAGGUUCUUGCUCAACUUGUGCUGGUAAAAUUGUAUCUGGAAAUGUUGAUCAGUCUGAUGGAAACUUUCUUGAUGAUGACCAAAUAAAUAGUGGAUAUGUGUUAACUUGUGUUGCUUAUCCACAGUCUGAUGCUACCAUUGAGACUCACAAAGAGGAAGAACUCAGUGGCUAAACUAAAUUUGGCUCACCACCAAAAAUUAAUUUGAUUUUCUAGAAGCUACUAGUGUUAUGGUUUAGCAUUGUAUGGACUUCCAGAAUAUCUAUAUACAUUAUCUUUUACUACUGUUGGGGGGGGGGGGGGGAUUUAUGUUUUUAAUGUGGUCAAGUUUAUAAUAUAUGCGAAAGUAUUUAGUAUAUGUGAGUCUAGUUGUCUUCUAUUAAUAUCUGUAUAAUAUAAAAAUGCUUUGUAAUAUUGCUAUCAUGAGUGCAUUUGUGUUGCUCAUUCGACAGAAUUUGGCAUGGUCAAAGGCACGUUUCUGUUAAAUGUUCCACAAAUGUUUUUCUGAAUCAUUUAAAUAUAUUACAGCAAUACUUAUUAUUAUGUAUCA